AUGUCGGGUGCGGUUAACACACUUCAGCUCCGUGAUAAUAUCCAGGGCAUCACUAAGCCCGCUAUCCGCCGUCUGGCUCGCCGCGGAGGAGUGAAGCGAAUUUCCGGGCUCGCAUUCUAUCCCAUCGGGAAUGCUGAAUCUCAACUGGAUGAGCUGCCAAAGCCCAGACUCACCCUGGAGCCUCCAUUCCUGGAGAGAUUCACUGGAGAGUCAGUCACUUUGAACUGUGGGUGGCGUCCUGCUGCUCCGCCUGGUCCUCCUGGUGUACCUGGUGCUUCUGGUCUAGUUGGUCCUCGUGGUCAUCCUGGUCCUGCUGGUCCUGCUGGUCCCCCUGGUCCCCCUGGUCCUCCUGGUCCCCCUGGUCCCCCUGGUUCUCCUGGUGCUCGUGCUUAUUUUGGACAUCGUGGUCUUCCUGGUCGUCCUGGUUUCCCUGGUCCUACUGGUCCUCCUGGUCCUCCUGGUCCUCCUGGUCCUGCUGGGCCUCCUGGUCCUCCUGGUCCUCCUGGUCUUCCUGGUCGUCCUGGUCGUCCUGGUCGUCCUGGUCAUCCCAAUAAUAUUGGAAAUAGACGUUUCCCUGGUUUUCCUGGUUUCCCUGGUCCUCGUGGUUCCCCUGGUCGUGCUGGUCCUCCUGGUCCUCCUGGUCCUCCUGGUCCUCCUGGUCCCCCUGGUCCUCCUGGUCCCCCUGGUCCCCCUGGUCCCCCUGGUCCCACUGGUCCUCCUGGUCCCCCUGGGCCUCCUGGUCCUCCUGACAUGAAUUUUCUCUGGUACAAAGACAGCGAGGACUCUCCAGUGCUGCAGACUGCUGGCCGCAAUGUAACUGGUGACAGAUACACAAUCCCUGCAGCAGCUGCGUCUGACCAGGGCCAGUACUGGUGUCAGGUACAAAGAGGAGAUCCAGCACUCUACUCACAGUUCAGCGAUCCUGUGAGAUUAAACAUUACUGAGGCUCGUCCCAAGGCUGUCCUGACCCUGCAGCCUGCCUGGGCACAGAUAUUCACAGGAGAGACAGUCACUCUGAGCUGUGAGGUGGAGGGGGGCUCUGCUGGGUGGAGUUUUAAACGAUACAGAUAUGGACAUGUAAAGGCAAUAUGCAGUGAUGAGAACAGCAAGAGGAAUGGGGAUCCCUGCACUAUCAGAGACACUCGGUAUUACCACAGUGGAGAGUACUGGUGUGAGUCUGCAUCGGGACAGGAACGCAGCAAUGCUGUCGCCUUAACAGUGUCCAAUGACUGGGUGGUCCUGCAGACUCCCCCCCUGCCUUUGUUUGAGGGAGACCCUCUGAGGUGUUGGGUCCGUGAGAAUCGUAAAGCUCACUGGCUCGUGCUUUACAAGAACAAUGAAGAGUUACUAUCCAAGACUGACACAGAGUUGAUUGAGUAUCGAGUCUCAAAGAGUGAUGAGGAGACCUACAGGUGCAGAGUGCUGGGGCUCUCUGAUUCCUUAGCAAUGCUGUCAGUGAGAGAGCUGUUCUCCAGGGUGACUCUGACAGCCUCUCCAGGAGCCACAGUGGAGGAGGGAGAGGCUCUUAACCUGACCUGUGAGGCAGCAGUGAACAAAACCCCCCGUCCUCAACUCCACUACACCAUUCUGAGAGAUGGGGAGCCUGUGACAAACAGCACUGACUCUGCACUGUACAGCAUAGCCAGCGCUGAGAAGAGCCACACUGGGAACUAUAGCUGUGCUGUGCAAGCACAGGGAGUGUGGAGGAACAGCACAGAGAUGCUAAUCACAGUGGAACUGUCCUGGCAGAGAGCUCUUUCUGCUGCUUACAGAGUCAGCUUCACUCUGAUCAUGUUCAUUUGGCUCACUCUGCUGCUCCUCCAAUACUUCAGGAUCCAAGGUUCCCUGUGUUUCGCUGUUGCUGAGGCAAGGAAAACCCCGGAUCAGGAUCAGGAGCAGGAUCAGGAGUCAUCAGAGGGAAUUGAACUCACCAGCCGUGUGCCUUAG